CAGGAAUGGGCGGAAGUGGAGGAGGGGAUCAAAAAAAUUUGCACAUUGCGCUGUUUGUCAUCAGACAGUAUGAAUACAAGAGGCAGUCAUGGCUUUUAGUUUUUCAUAGGGAUCUUGCACAUGAGGGUUCAGGCUGCAAUAUGACGGAGUGUGUGUGCACAAUGCAACAUAAACUUUACCAAUUGCACAGCGAUCACAAGCUUCACAUCGUGAUAUUAUGUCUGGCUGGUCCACCCAUUGGCGUCAGUGUUUUUGUCCAUUUGACUCUUUCAGAUUGACAAAUCACUGCCAGGAUCGUCGUUCCAGACCUCUCAUUCCUACACCAGUGGAGGAAUGGGCGGAAGUGGAGGAAUGGUGUCCCAUACCUCUCACUCCUUCAGCAGCGGAAGUUCAGGCAUGGGAGGCGGAGGAAUGUCCCACUCCUCGUCCUUUCACUUCAGCAGUGGUAGUGGAGGAGGAGGAAUGUCACAUUCGACAAUGUCCCACUCUUCUUUCAGCACUCACGGCGGGCAAAUGUCAGGCUAUGAGUUGCAGCAGAAGUUUGAUGAAUUGAAGAGUCGUGCCAAGAAGGUGGAGAGCCACCGCGUGGCGGAGCUCUUCACCGCCUUUGGUCUUGGCUCCUUGAGCUUCCUUGUCCUGAUCACCAUGGGCCAGCGGCUUUCAAGAGGUUAUGAGGAGGAGAGCUCCAGCAUUUUCACCUCGCUACGAGGACAUCGAUACGAGAGAGCACCCGUAGAGGAAGAAUGAGCGGCCAAAGAUGCCUGGAAUUGGGACGUUGUUGAGUGGCCAGAUUGCCCUCAGCAUUGAACUCCCUGAGCUUGCCUUCUUGUCUCGGGCCAGAUGUCUGAUCAGAAAAAGAUAUGCC